AUGUCGCAACCAAUCGAGUACCCUCAAGGUGCUCCCAACGCCUUUGGCGCACAGCCCCCAUACUACCCGCCACAACAGCAGCAGCAUCCUCCAAGCAGUGGCUACCCAGGCUAUCCUCCUUCGAUGCAUCACCAGUUCUCGCUGCCUGCGCAACAACCCUACCCACAGCAGCAGGGGCCGCAGCAGUAUCCACAGUAUCAGCAGUUCCAGCAACCGCAACAGUCGCAGCCUCGCAACGACAGCUACUAUCCUCCUCAGCAGCAGGCACAUGCAUCGCCAGGAAGUCCUUCACAGCCGCCGUCGCAGCAGCAGGCUCAGGGCGGUCAGGCCAACCAGGUUGACAAGGCGGCCGAUCCACACGGUUGGGCAUUGGCUGAAUACGGGAGUCCUUACGCCCACUCUAAGGACUGGCGCGCUUCGCCCUCUGAUCUGGAGCUCACCGGAUUCCCCGAGCAAAAGCUUAUGCUCAGAGUCAAGCAACGUUUCUCUCGCUCGCCCGGUGAUGUUUGGAGCAAGCCUGCACCGAGCUUCGGACGUCCUCCACAGCAAGGAUGGAGCUACGCUGCCUUCCAGCCGUUCUCGCUCCCAGCGUCUGGAGAACAGCUCGCCGACGGAUUCAAGCCACUGUACCCUGGUCGCAUUCUUGCAAAUCACGAUGUUUCCGCCGCAGACUGGUGCCGAUUUCUGGAGGAUCUCUCGGUUGCCGGGCGGAUGACAGGUGCACAGCAAGUAAUUUCGAACUUUGCUCCCGUCACCGCGCAUCUUGGUGCCACCGGUUUUCUUGUUACCAAAGCACUUCAGAAGCGUAUGAAACGUGGCAAGGAGCCCGUUAUCACAGAGACAGUCGAGAUGUGGGAGCAGAACUUCUUCCUGCCCCGCGGGCUCGACGUAUAUGUGCGAGACACCGAGGGCAGGAUGACGGCUCGCGCACCUGGCGAUCAGGUUCCUGGUUCCAACCAUCCUAACCCCACCGAGAUCGAUGCGCACAGCAACGACAGCGAGGAUGGCAGCAGCGACGAGAGCACACACCACGAAAAGACACGCAAGGAAAAGAAGAAGGAGCGCGAUGAGCGAAAGAAGGAGCGGAAGGCCGAGAAGAAGAAGAAGAAGGAGGAGGAGAAGAAAAACAAGAAGAAGCCUCGGUUCUACCUCAUCGUCGCUCCCUACCAGCCUUAG